AUGCAGGGUCCUUUUUAAGGUGAGCAAGCUUUAGCUGACAUCUUUACUUAAGUUAAAGACUCAGAUGAAAAAAUAUUUGGUGUCAUAUUAGAAAUAUUUCGAAAGGAAAAAGUUUAAGACUGCAUUGGAUAUCUUUAAGACAUUGGGAAUCAAAGAAAGUUAUAUCAAUCUUACUUACAACAAGCGGAGAAUUCAACCAAAACCGAUAGAGAAUAGAAAUUUUCUGUUGUUAUAAAUGACGUGAAAUAAAUUACAGAUGUCUUAAAAAAAUUAAAAGUUCAUGACUUCAAUAACUAAGACUAUUCCAGUGAUGAAAAUUAUGAGUCUACAUUACAUCUAAUUAAUAUCAUCAAGGAUAUAGGAUAGAUUAUAGAAUUUUUGUAAUUUUUAGUUUACCUGACAUCCAUAGAUAAAACUUUAAUAUAAUGUGGGUCUAAUUCAUUACAUGUAUUAGUUAAGAUGAAAGUUGAUCUUCGAAAUAAGAAUUUUGAAAAUAUUAAGAUAUAAAAUACUUCUUUAGUAGGAGCUAAUUUUGUUAAGUGUACUUUAAGUGGAUCCUAAUUUAAUAAUGUUAACAUAAGUGGAAUAAAUUUAAAUGGAGCUUAAUUAUUUAAUUGUAAAUGGAAAUACUUAAGAAUUCAAGAAUUAAAUUAAUUGAAUGGCCAUGUAAAUUCAGUAAAUUCAGUCUGUUUCUCUCCUGAUAGAAAUUCAUUAGCUUCCGGUAGUUCAGAUAAGUCUAUUCGUCUUUGGGACGUCAAAACAGGAUAAUAAAAAGCCUAAUUCUAAGGUCAUACUGAUUGCAUAAAUUCAGUCUGUUUCUCUCCUGACGGAAAUAUAUUAGCAUCUGGUGGCCGUGAUAAGUCUAUCCGUUUAUGGGACGUGAAGACUAAGAAAAAAAGCGCAAAAUUAGAUGGUCACGAUGAUUAUGUCGUAUAAAUCUGCUUCUCCCCUGAUGGAAAUACAUUGGUAUCUGGCAGUGAUGACAAGUCUAUCCGUUUAUGGAAUGUCAAAACAGGAUAAUAAAAAGCCAAAUUAGAUGGUCAUGGCAGUUGUAUCAACUCAGUCUGUUUCUCUUCUGACGGAAACACUUUGGCAUCUAGUAGUCUAAUAAACUCUAUUUGUCUAUGGGAUGUCAAAACAGGAUAAUAAAAAGCUAAAUUAGAUGCUCCUAGUUUUUUUAUUAGAUAAGUUUGUUUCUCUCCUGAUGGAAAUACAUUGGCAUCUUGUGAUGUUAAGUCUAUCUGUCUAUGGGAUGUUAAAACAGGAUUAUAAUAAGCAAAAUUAGAUGGUCACACUAGUAUUGUCUACCCAAUCUGUUUUUCUCCUGAUGGAAAUACAUUAGCAUCAGGUAGUUAGGAUUACUCUAUCCGUCUAUGGGAUGUCAAAAGUGGUUAAUCAAAAGCCUAAUUCGAUGGUCAUAGUGAUAAAGUUUGUUCAGUCUGUUUCUCCUCUGAUGGAAAUGCAUUAGCCUCUGGUAGUGCCGAUAACUCUAUCCGUCUAUGGGAUGUCCAAAAAGUAUAAUAAAAAGACGAAUUAGAUGGUCAUAGGGAUAAAGUUUGGUCAGUUUGUUUCUCUCCUGAUGGAAAAACAUUAGCAUCUUGUAGUGAUGAUAAGUCUAUCCGUCUAUGGGUUGUUAAAACAGGAUAAUAAAAAGCCAAAUUGAAUGGUCAUACUCAUGAUGUUAGAACAGUUUGUUUCUCUCCUGAUGGAGAUACAUUAGUAUCUGGUAGUGUAGAUAAGUCUAUCCGUCUAUGGGAUGUUAAAACAGGAUAAGAAAAAGCCAAAUUGGAUGGUCAUAGUGGAUAUGUUUUGUCAGUUGUUUUCUCUCCUGAUGGAAAUUCAUUAGCUUCUGGUAGUGCAGAUAGGUCUAUCCGUAUAUGGGAUGUCAAAACAGGUUAAUAAAAAGCCAAAAUAGAUGGUCAUACUCAUGAUAUUCGAACAGUCUGUUUCUCUCCUGAUGGAAAUUCAUUAGCUUCUGGUUGUGAAGUUAGGCCAAUCCGUUUAUGGGAUGUCAAAACAGGAUAAUAAAAAGCUGAAUUAAAUGGUCAUUGGGGUGGAGUUUGGUCAGUCUGUUUUUCUCCUGAUGGAAAAACAUUAGCAUCUUGUAGUGAUGAUAAGUCUAUCCGUCUAUGGGAUGUUAAAACAGGAUAAGAAAAAGCCAAAUUGGAUGGUCAUAGUGGAUAUGUUUUGUCAGUUGUUUUCUCUCCUGAUGGAAAUUCAUUAGCUUCUGGUAGUGCAGAUAGGUCUAUUCGUCUAUGGGAUGUCAAAACAGGUUAAUAAAAAGCCAAAAUAGAUGGUCAUAAUGGAUAUGUAUUGUCAGUUGUUUUCUCACCUGAUGGAAAUUAAUUAGCUUCUGGCAGUGCAGAUAGGUCUAUUCUUCUAUGGGAUGUCAAAACAGAAUAAUAAAAUGAGUAAUUGGAAGGUCAUAGUGGUUAUGUUAUGUCAGUCUGUUUCUCUCCUGAUGAAAAUACAAUAGCAUCUGGUAUUGAUGAUUAGUCUAUCCGCUUACGUAAUGUUAAGAAUGGGAAAUAAUUUUCAUCCGCUAACGAAAGUUAUAGCAAUAUUUUAGCUUAAUUUAAAACAUCAAUUUUUUAAAACCAUCCUAUAUCAUGUAUUUAUUUCAUUAUUAUUUUUUAGCAUCAAGCUAUUUUACAAUACUACGAAUAUCUCAUACACCAUUAUUUUAAGCAUAAGGAGCUCUAAUCUUAAAAGGAUAUUUUGCAAAUUAUUAGGGUUACGAUUUAAGACCUUUAUUAGAAUCCAAAAGAAUUUACCUUUUAGAAGAUUUUAAGUGA